AUGAAACGAGCGGCAGCGGUCAUCAAGGCGCAUGGGCUGCCCGUUUUGUCAUCACCACUUCUCUUCCCAAAGGUCCCUUGUUCGACUCGCCACCCGUACGCAUCAACACCCACCCCCUCUCCCAAAACCGCCUCCCCUCCAGAACCCGAGAUCCGACCGCACACCCGGGUACGACCUGAUAGCCACACUACAUUUGGCCAUCCACCGAUCCCAUUGACCACGCCCCCACGACCCAGCCAGCAAGCAUCAACCAACCAUGACCCCCCCCUUAACGAGACCUCACCGCCAUCUUCUCCCCCGGCGCGCCUCCACACGUACUCCGUCUACAGCCACCAUACGCCGCCACUACCCCCUACGCGGCACCCCCCGCGCUUGACGCCCGGUUCUCCGCCCCCCCACUCGCCACGCGCUCCUCCCAUACCCCCCUGA